UGUGCGGCUUCUGGUCUGUCAUCCACCGGCCUCACAGUGUCUCAGCACAUCACCCAAAUGUGAAGACGAUCGAGAUUCCUGCGAUGAUCCUUCAAAGUGUCGCUUAGCUAGGUCACCUCCUCGGGACACCAACUAUGCCGUCAUCACCAUCCGUCCACCGCCAUGGCCGAGGCCGCCUGCUCCUCCUUGCCAUGGUGGUGGCGAGCCUCUCCAACGUUGUGACAUCCCAGAACAACCAAUUCACGGUGGUCAACUGCUCAGCGUCGUCCUCCUCCACCAGCACGUUCUGGUCCAACGUUGUCGCGCUACUUGAUGCCCUCCCGUCGGCCGCAUCGCCGACGGGGUUCGCCUCCCUGUCUCAGGGCAACGGCACCGACCGCGCCUUCGUCCGGGGGCUCUGCCGUGGCGACACCACGCCGUCGAACUGCGCCACGUACCUCCGGGACGCCGCGCUGAGCAUCCGGCGGAGUCCCUGCAACAGCAGCCGUCGCGCCGGCAUCUGGUACGACGAUGGCUCCGGCUCAAACGUUCCGGCGCCGAUGUUCUGCUUCGUCAGCUUCGCCGACACCAACGCGUCUACCGCCUCCGAGGACGCGUACCGGUACCCGAUGCAAAACAGGGCCGAGGCGUCCGACAAGGUUGCCUUCGAGAGAGCUUUCAACACGCUCAUGAACAACCUCACCGUGCGCGUCGUCAACGGCUCCAACACGUUGUCGUCGCCGGCGCCGAUGUUCGCAACAGGGGCGGCCGUGUACGAUCCCGGUGCCCCCAAUGGCACCAUAUACGGGCUGAUGCAGUGCAUGAGGGAUCGGACGGCGGCGGAGUGCGACAAGUGCCUGCAGGACUCAGUGGGGAAGCUGACGAGCUGCUGCUCUGGUCGCCAGGGCGGGGUGGUGUUCGGCUACAACUGCUAUCUGCGCAUGGAGAUAUACCCCUACUACAAUCUGGCCCUCGACGGACCACCACUUUUAGCGCCAGCUCCGUCGAUCUUCAUCGGAGAAAGGCAAGAAAAAAAACGGGUUGAUGUGACGGCCCUCGCCGUCGCCAUCCCUGUUGGAACGGUGCUCACCGCAGUCGUCAUCGUUGGUGUUUUCCUGUACAGGAGAAAGGUCAACCAGAAGAAAACACAACAAGGUUUUUUUAUGAGAGACAACGGUAGUAUCAAAGAAGACGACUUCGAAUAUGUUGAGCCCGAGCAACUCAAUCUAGUGGUGUUAAGAGCUGCAACAAACAAUUUCUCGGAAGAAAACAAACUUGGAGAGGGAGGUUUUGGAGAAGUGUUCAAGGGUACAUUACAGGACGGGGAAGAGAUAGCUGUGAAAAGGCUUUCACAGGACUCCUCACAGGGAUUCCAAGAGCUUAAGAACGAGCUCGUGCUGGCUGCCAAGCUCAAGCAUAGGAACCUGGUGCAGCUCCUGGGAGUGUCCCUGCAAGAAGAGAAGCUGGUCAUCUACGAGUACAUGCCCAAUAGAAGCCUAGAUACUUUCCUUUCUGAUCCUGUGAGACGGCAACAGCUCGACUGGAGCAAUAGGUUUUCCAUCAUCUGCGGUAUCGCACGAGGACUUCUCUAUCUCCACGAGGAGUCACGCUUGAAGGUCAUUCACAGAGAUCUAAAGCCAAGCAAUGUAUUGCUUGAUGCAAAUAUGAACCCCAAAAUUUCAGAUUUUGGCAUUGCCAGGGCUUUCGGUGGAGACCAAACUAGAGAUAUAACAAGACGACCUGUUGGAACACUCGGGUACAUGUCCCCAGAGUAUGCCUAUUGGGGGCAUGUUUCAACCAAGUCAGACAUAUUCAGCUUCGGGGUCAUAGUACUGGAAAUUGUGACCGGGCGAAAGAACAACAGCGCAUACAACGACACUUCAGACUCCAUAUCUGUUCUGGGCCAUGUAUGGGACAAGUGGAGAGCUGGUUCCAUGGUGGAUGUGGUAGACCCAUCGCUUGUCGAGUCAGGGUACCCGGAAAGCGAGGUACUCAACUGCAUAGAGAUCGGUCUCCUAUGUGUCCAGGAGAACCCAGCGGACCGACCAGACGCCUCUGCAGUGGUGCUUAUGCUCAGCAGCCCGACCUCCACGUCUGAUGACAGGCGUGCCCCGUCUAGGCCAGCCUUCGUCUUCAGCUCCGGCUUCACUGAAUCAGAUCACCCAUCAAGAUCCAGUGUCAAGAUCUCUGAUGGCGUGCCGCUGAUUAACGGUAAACAGUCCUCGACAACCUCGGUUUCAGAGAAUGAGAUGUCGAUCUCAGAGCUUCAGCCGAGAUAGAUAUGUGUAGCACAGAGUGCGCAGCACAAGCCGCUAUAGCUGGGCUCGAUUAUUUUGCCUAUAAUUAAUUAUUCAUUUUCAUGUAUCUUAAAGCAUAUGUAGCAUGUAACGAAAAAUUUAGAUCACAGAGUAAGACUAAAGGUUAUGUAUCAUCUAUCUCAUUUGAUCAGAGGGCUUAUAUCGAUCAUUCUGUCCUGUAUAAUCUCGUCACCAUUCAUACACAAUGGAUUGUAAUCCAUCAUCUACUUGGACCAAUCAAGAAUAAAGGAAAUGAAAUUAUUUUGCAUCCAUAA